CUCUGUUCUCCAGCUUUUGCCCUUCCCUCCUUUCUCUCUCUCUCGCUCUCUCCCUCUCUCUCGCUCAUCGCCGCCUACGGUUCCUGCUCGCGGCCCGUGUCUCUCACCUCCUGUUCGAGCUCCGGCGAGAUGCCUUGCAAGAGGAGAUCCCAGAGGAAGGCAGCUCAAGCCUCCCCAAAGAGGUCCAAGGUGGAGAUUCCGCCGGCGGAGGAGCUCGCGUCGGCUGCUACGGCCGAACCGGACGUGGAGACGCCUUCCAGGCGGAAGUCGCAGAGGAAGGCAGCUCAAGCCUCCCCCAAGAGGUCCAAGGCGGAGGAGCUCGCGUCGGCUGCUACGGCCGAGCCGGACGUGGAGACGCCUUCCAGGCGGAAGUCGCAGAGGAAGGCAGCUCAAGCCUCCCCCAAGAGGUCCAAGAUGGAGAUUCCACAGGCGGAGGAGCUCGCGUCGGCUGCCACGGCCGAGCAGGACGUGGAGACGCCUUCCAGGCGGAAGUCGCAGAGGAGGGCAGCUCAAGCCUCCGCCAAUAGGUCGAAGGUGGAGAUUCCGCCGGCGGAGGAGCUCGAAUCGUUUGCCCCGUCCGAGCUGGAUGUGGAGAUGCACACCGAGGAGUCUGCUAGCAUUGCCGUCGAGGAGGUCUCCGAGGUGAAAAAAGUCCACUCCGGAAAAGGCCGCACUAAUAGGAAGGGCGGAGCUGCUGCCAACGGGAAGAAGGCGGGAGCUGCUCCCCAGGGGGAGAAGGAAAAGUUGAAGGAGGAGCCAAACUCUCAGCUCACUGAUGGGGCCAGCUCAGCGAAUGAUGGAGCUCCGCAAAAGCAGGAGGACGCCAGCGACGCGGAGGACACAGAAUGCCGGUUCCUUGGGGAUCCUAUUCCAGACGAAGAAGCUCGGAGCCGGUGGCCUAAGAGAUAUCAGGGGAAUAAUAGGAAAGCGGCUGCAAAAAGCAAUGAUGGCGAGGAAAUUCGGCUGGCAAAGCGGCACUAUGCAAGAGCUGAAGUUGAUGGAAUUGUUUACUGUCUGAAUGAUCAUGCAUUCGUAAAGGCUGAAGAAGGAAAGGAGAAUUAUAUAUGUAGAAUCGUUGAAAUGUUCGAGGCGACAAGAGGUUCACUUUAUUUCAGUGCUCGCUGGUUUUAUAGGGCAUCCGACACAGUCAUCAAGCAACUGUCUACUCUUAUUGACGGAAAGCGUGUCUUCCUGUCGGAUGUCCAUGACGAUAAUCCCCUAGAUUGUCUGGUUCAGAAGCUGAGCAUUGUCAAAAUACCACUUAAUGUGGAUUUGGAAGCAAAGGAGGCGACGAUUCCAGCUUGCGAUUUCUAUUACGACACUCACUACAUAUUGCCUUACUCCACUUUCAAGGAGUUGCCUUUAGAUGACCAAAACAACUGUCAAGAGAGCUCUUCAACCAUUUCAACUGACGAAGGUGAUAUGGCUGUGUCAAGUUGUGAGGUGAGCUCUAAGGAGGUUGCAAAGGAGGAUGAAGUAAGGUUGCUGGACAUCUAUUCCGGUUGUGGGGCGAUGUCAACUGGUCUGUGUCUCGGCGCAAAUUUGGGUGGUUUGAAACUUGUUACGCGAUGGGCAGUCGACUUGAAUGAGCAUGCUUGCAAUAGUUUGAAGUUGAAUCACCCAGAGACAGAGGUUAGAAAUGAAGCAGCUGAAGAUUUCUUAUCAUUGUUAAAAGAGUGGAAAAAUUUUUGUGUUGCUGCUGGGUUGGUCGGAAGCAAUGAUCAGAAUCAACCAUACUCGGAUAUCUUCAAUGUGAAAGAUGAAGAAAGUGAGGACGAGGAAGAAAGUGAACAUGAUAAUGAGGAUGAUGGAGAGGUCUUCGAGGUGGAGAGGAUACUAGCAAUAUGCUACGGCGAUCCUAAUUCAAAGAAAGAAAUCGGGUUGCAUUUUAAGGUGAGAUGGAAGGGGUAUGGACCCGAUGACGACACAUGGGAGCCCAUUGAUGGCUUGCGUGACUGCGGAAAGAGAAUCAAGGAGUUCGUUACACAAGGAUAUCAGUCGAAGCUUUUGCCUUUACCGGGUGAUGUUGAUGUUAUAUGUGGAGGCCCUCCUUGUCAAGGAAUCAGCGGUUUCAAUCGAUUCCGCGACAGGGAGAAUCCCCUUAGAGACGUCAAGAACAAACAGCUCCUAGUGUUUAUGGAUAUAGUCGAAUAUCUGAAACCGAGAUAUGUCCUAAUGGAGAACGUAGUUGAUCUUGUCAAGUUUGCGGAGGGAUAUCUUGGACGAUAUGCAUUGGGGCGUCUUGUGCAGAUGAAUUAUCAAGCUCGUAUGGGUAUGAUGGCCGCUGGUGCAUAUGGGCUCCCUCAGUUUCGGAUGCGUGUGUUUGUAUGGGGUGCUCGGCCUACCGAGAGACUACCGCAGUAUCCAUUGCCUACUCACAAUGUUGUGGUCAGAGGUGUAAUUCCUUUGGAGUUUGAGGCACACACGGUUGCAUAUGAUGAGGGCUACUCCUUGGGCCAAUUGGAAAACAAACUGCUAUUACAAGAUGCAAUCUCUGAUCUCCCCGAAGUUGGGACAUAUGAGCAUCGGGAUGAGAUGCCGUAUGAUAAAGAACCACAAACAGAAUUUCAACGAUUUAUUAGAUUGAGUAAAGAAGAGAUGAUGGGGUCUUCCUUAAGGUCUGAGACAUUGAAUGAAUUAUUGUAUGAUCAUCGUUCCCUUGAGUUGAACAAGGAUGAUUAUGAUCGGGUUUGUCAGAUUCCAAAAAGAAAGGGAGCAAACUUCAGGGACUUACCAGGUGUUCAUGUGCGCCCAGAUAACAAGGUUGAAUGGGAUCCUGACAUUCCUCGGGUUUAUUUGCAAUCUGGAAAACCUCUGGUUCCAGAUUAUGCAAUGACGUUUGUUGGUGGUACUUCAUCAAAGCCUUUUGCCCGUCUAUGGUGGGACGAGACUGUGCCGACUGUGGUCACACGAGCUGAGCCCCAUAAUCAGGCAAUAUUGCACCCUGAGCAAGACCGGGUGCUUACGAUUCGAGAAAAUGCAAGGCUGCAAGGCUUUCCCGACUAUUACAAGCUAACUGGGCCCAUCAAAGAAAGGUACAUGCAAGUGGGGAAUGCAGUUGCAGUUCCUGUUGCCAGAGCUUUGGGCUAUGCGUUGUCUGUCGCCUACCGAGGUGCUUUAGGAGAUACCCCGUUGAUGAAGUUGCCAGCUGUGUUCUCGAAUAAGCUCGAGUUGCGCUCUUCUACGUCAUCCGAAGAUCUAUAGCUGGUCAGCACUCAAACUGUUUGUUGUACCAGUAUCAAAUAAAUACAUUGUAAGUUGCUGUGAUUUACUAGCAUUUAUCGCUGCAGAUUUCAAGCCUAUUAUUUACAACCCAUUGUGAGGGUUGAUCUUAGGAAGUUCAUUUUAGUUUUUCCCAUUAGAGAAAGAUGAAUUCAGGUGCAAUUUAACUGCUAUUUAUGAGACAUCUAAUUAUUUGCAACUGCGAUGAUUUUAUCCUGAGAUAGAUGUGUCAUGUUCAUGUAGAAGUGUAGAUUGGGCAAUUUUUUUUUUUUCUAAAUUCAAAUGCAGUCAUCCUCUUCUCA